AUGGCAUCCCCAAACCCACAGAGGUCCACCACUACCACCCCCGCAGCCACCGCUAAAACACUCCAACGCCGCCCCGCCCGCCGCGACAUGUCCAACCCCGACCCCACCAUCCGCCGCGUCCCCAUCCCCAGCAUGCUUCGCUCUGUCACUAUUCAACCUCGCCCUCGCCCCACCCCACCCCCUCCCUCUCCGGUGCCUGGGAGUCCUAGAGGCCCCUACACACCCUUCGCCAACCGCGGUCCCUACGUCGUGGGCGAUCCGGGGCCGUAUUGGCUGCGUCUUGACGACUUGGAAGUAGAGCCUGAGAGUAGCCCAACGAAGUUAGAGAGACGAAAGACGUUUGCAGAUAGGGGGCCUUACGUGAUCGAGAGUAAAGUGAAAGCCGAUGUCAUCCCGGAUAGGAGCCCGACGGUGUCGCCGGUCUCGAUGUUGGAGUUGCCACGGUUUGAUAUUGACAGUCGAGUGUCACUUGCGGAGGCUUCGGAGGUCAGUGUGCGUAGCAUUAAAAGCUCUAUUCACGAGAUAGACAGUAGAACAAUACACCUUCCUGGCUCUCCCCCAAACACCACCAACGCCCAAACAGCGAGGUCAAACCACUAUAACCACCCCACCCUGGAGCACGACGAAGGCCGUUUUGAAGACCCCAUCGAAGACGACGGCCGCUUCGACGACCCUAUGAUACCCAUGCGCAACGUUCUCACACGUUCCGGCACAAUCCGCCAAGAACCAGUCCCCGACCCCAUAAGAAGGGCCCCGAACAUGCCGCGCUCGCAGUCACUGUACAUGUUCCCCACAGUCUCUCCCCUUCCUGCUGCGUACUCGCUCACGUAUGAAGAGCGGUUUGACAUCUUUACUGGAUUUGAUGGUGUCGGGAGGGCGAGGACGCCUUUUGAAGACGAAAGUGAUGAGGGGAGCUCGGUGGUGGCGGAGGCGAGUUUGACGCGGGAGAGUACACCGGUAUGUCCUCCGGUUGGGGGGAAGAGAGAGAGCAGGGUGGAGAGGAUGCCGUCGAAUCCGGACUUUGGGCCGGUGAGGAUGGUUUCCCGAGAGAGAGAAGUUGGAGAGGGGACGAGUGAGAUUGGUGGAGAGGAGACGGAGGUGCCAGUGGCGUUGGUGGAGGAGAGGUUGAGGAAGCCGAAGUUGAAGCAUAGGAUUAAGCAUUUGAGUGCGAAGAUCACUAUGGCUGUGGACAGAAUGAGGAGGAGCGAGUGA